AUGAAGCCCUCGAAUAGGAGUUGUGGCUUCGGCCGCUGGGCAGCCGCGACGCUUUGCAUCAUUAUGCAGCUAGAUUUGCUUGUAAGUGCCGCGUACAACAUUGACACAAUAGACAAUAUCGAGGAGACGGCUCGCUCCAUUGCUGCUGACCUGAGGAGUCAUUAUCACGACGAUGAAUACGGCCAGGUCCCCGGCAUUCUGCCUGGGCCUCCUGCGGAAAACAAAAGCCGAUACUACGCAAACGGCUGCUUUUUCAAUACGGGUAUACGUCUGGCACGUUAUACGAAUAACGAUACGUAUGCCAAAUACACCGAAGAGACUUGGGACUGGAUUUGGGAAGUCAAGUACAUUGACCAUGAAUCCUGGCUGGUUUUGAUGGCGGGUAUGGAGUUUCCAACAGUUCAAAGCCUACGCCAACCACGUAUUCUUACAAUGCCGCCAUCCUUCUGCAGGCGCGGCGUUUAUGUACAAUUAUCGGAAGAGUAUGUGGCUUUUACUGGUCCUCGGGCAAUCGAUCCGGCGGUGGACAACACGAGCGGCGCUGGAGAGGCCACGAAUGCGUUGGCAGCGGUUCCUAGCCUCUUGAUUGAUGGUACCAACCCGUCGGUGACCAGUGCGACUGGUGGCAUCUCCAAGCGGAAUGAUGGGAGCGGCCAUGCCAGCAAUGGCGAGGAGAAGCUUGCGGAGAUCACCACGGAUGACCGGGCGGGCGCAUGGAUUCUGACAGUCAUGUGUUUUGGGCUGUUUAUUGCUGGAUUCGUGUGGGUUUCUAUGGCGGACUAG